UUGUCUCGUCACUCCUUUUGUAGCCUUAAACAAUUCGUAUACUACACCCCUCCUCCCCCCCCCCCCUCACGUUUCCAUUCCCUUGGCAAUCGUCAGUAGUCAAACCAUCCACUCUCUUCUGCUGCUCUCUCCCUCGCUGCGCCCCCACCUCAUUGCAGCUCAUUGCCAACUUCGUUAAGUUGCUAGCGAUCACUCAGCCCCCAAUCCAAUCCAACCCGAUAUCCCUUGCACCCCUCUUCUCCUUAAAGUCGUCACACGCCAAUUCUUCGCGACCACGUCGCAAUACCCCAGUCAAGCUGAAGAUCCAACAUGCCCCCUUCGGCCCCGGCAGACAAAGACAAGGACACCACGAAUGCAGCUUCAGGGCAAGACAAUUCGCCAUGUCACAUACUUACCUCGUAUUCCCUCUCCACUGCGAUAUACUACCGACCCGUUCCUCAAGCCCAAGUGCACACAUUCAUCGUCCCCGAAGCACCUACCCAGGCUGGACCUGCCCCAAGUCAGGAAACAGCACCUCCCUCGAUCCUCCAGAAAAGAAACCCUUGGCCAGAUGGUCCGGAUGAUGAUUCCACAGUAGGCACUAACAAACCAAAAACACGGCCAGCAUCAGCAGCGGCUGCCUCUUUCCCAUGGAAAGAUGUCUAUGCCGUGCCUCAUGUCACUUCUUUGGGCAACUGCCCUACCACAGCUACUUCGCCUCCACAAAUAACUCUACCGAGCGCAACUGCCCAUCCCACCUCCGAUCAUGAACUUAACGCUGCCCACAAAGUCAACAUCCACCUGGCAAUACUCGUAGGUGGACUCACCGUUGGAAUGAUCGUCAUCACCAUCUUGAUAGCGGUAGCUGGUUGCAUAAUUUGCACCCGACGAAGGAAAAGAAGGGCCCACAAGGGCAAUCAGCUAUCAGACGUCGAUGAUACUCUGACGUGCCAGAGCAACAAUACGGCCGGAAGCUCCCGAACAACCAUGUCUGAACGUCAUCUCAAGUGCCAAACCGGCUGGCAAAUGAAAGAAUUCAUGCACCAGGGAAUGCAUUCACCCUUCAGUUCUACCGCCAUGUUGCCCUCCCCGUGUGAUAAGGUUGAAAUAUUGGCUCGCACGGGAACGAUAUCUGACCCGUUUCAUGACCGAUCGAGCAACUGGGGCAGAUCGACUCACCCAGCCAUUUAUGGCAAUCAUCCGGAAUCUCUUUCUGAUACCUGCUCAACAGACGCCCCGUCCUAUUUUCCCGGAGACGAUAUCCGAUAUACGCUGCCGCAAGGUAGUACCACCGCUCUGACCGAAGCAAGCUGUGCAGCAACGAUCGAUAGCACUUCGAACAGCGUGUGUCCCAACCGCUUGAAUCAUCCGGCCUCUCAGCCUUCGGAUUCCAGUAGCAGUCCCACCGUUACCGCCAACCUGAAUUCGCUGAUCAAGCACAAAGCAUUUGUGUCGUCGAUGAUGAGCGAACCACCUUUUUUGCAAUCAUUUCACUCCGAUGCUCUCCAUCCGCUAUAUCUAUCGCCACCAGAUCCUGUCAUUACUUCCAAGAGUAGGCCACAGAGCUCGCAAAGUUUCGCCGACUCAGUUUAUUCGGAUUCGACCCAUGAAUCUAUGUAUUGGAUCAAUCGUCCCAAGUCAUAGCAAUCCUUCUUUUAAAUAUUUGUGCUCACAACACCAACCAUACAGACAACAACUUCCAAGUAGCGUUUCUCUCCGUUAGCUUCAAAGCCUCAUCCAUCACGCAAUCAAUCACCACUCCUCGACAUACCCAUCGUUUUUUCUUUUUUUCGGAUCCCCAUGAGUAUUCUGAUGUUGAUAGCAGUUUUUUUUUUGGAUUCUCUUUCGGCUUUCUGUUUUAUUAACAUUAAUAUUAUUCUUAUUAUGAUCAUCGCUUCUAUCUAAAUAGUUGCAGGAAACUCUUCUUUGAAACUGGGCCAAACCACAUUGUAGGUGUCAAUCCCAUCGAGAAUAUGUAGCUACCAAACAAAUAGUCUCGAUGGCAUUCAAAUAUUUCUACAAAGUUUUGGUCCUCUGUUGUACUGAAAAAAAUUCGGGAUUUCUUUCAUGUUGAUACAUUUUGUUUUUUGUUUUUUUGUUUUUGUUUUUGACAUUUGAUUCUAAAAAUACAAGCAUACAUUUAUCAGGUUGAAAGUAUUUUACAUUGACACAAGUUUAAUAAUCAUAUACAUGCCUCAAUUAACUAUGUGCGCCCUUCAUAGCAAGGAAUGGACAGGUUUUCAUAUUGUUCAAAGAUAAUUUUUCACUGAGAGUCACCAGAACAGCAUCUUU